UUUUUCCAUGGUCAAACCCGACCCCACUUUUCUCUACCAUGUCGACGAAAGACGAUGGUGCUGCUGCAACAACAACGAGAGGCCCCUGCCAAGAAUGCUGCACAGCCUCGCCGACUACGAUGGCGCGCGUUACCCUUUAAGCCCAUCUUCUCUUCUCCUUCUUCUCUCCUACUUUUCUCCGGCGGAGAUCGAGGCAGAGAGACCCGUUCUUGAUCCGAUGCGCUGCGCGAAAGAGAGGGAGGGAUGUUCGGAUGCAAGUGCUUGUCUUGGAAUGGGAUCGCCGGUCGUCCCCAUCCUCAGCCCGAGCCCUUCUCUGUGCCCGUUCCGAUCCCCCAAUGGCCGCCGGGUCAAGGAUUUGCCAGUGGAAGGAUAAAUCUUGGGGAAAUUGAAGUCUGUAAAGUCCACAGGUUUGAAUAUGUCUGGGGUUGGAAUCUGUCAAGGGAUGAGAGAAAAGGUUCAGUUUCUAUAGGCCUGCGG